AUGAGAGCAGCCAGAUAUUACGGAAUCGAAGACAUUCGAGUCGAGGAGAUAGAAGAGCCUGUUUGCAAAGAAGGACAGAUCAAGAUCAGGCCCGCUUUCGUUGGCAUCUGCGGCACGGACCUCCACGAAUAUCUCGGCGGCCCGACUUUUGCUCCAGAAGUUCCGCACCCAGUGACGAAAGAAACUAUCCCCGUGACCUUUGGCCACGAGUUCUCGGGCACAGUUGUUGAAGUCGGCCAGGGAGUAAAAGGUUUUAAGCCCGGUCAGCAUGUUUCUAUCCAGCCAACUAUUUACUGCGGAUCGUGUGGAGCCUGUGCCCUCGAUCUCCAAAAUGUCUGCUACAAAGGGGGCUUCGUAGGCCUCUCUGGCUAUGGUGGAGGGCUGUCCGAUGCGGUCGUUGUACCAGCUGAUUACGUACUUCCACUGCCGGAACAUAUUCCUCUUGACGUUGCCGCGCUGGUCGAACCCCUAGCUGUAGGCUGGCAUGCCGUCACCCAAAGUCCAUUGAAGAAGGAUUCGAAUAUUCUGAUUUUGGGUGGGGGUCCAAUUGGGAUUGCCGUUAUUCAAGCCCUACGGGCAAGAGGAUGCGGGCAAAUAAUCGUGUCCGAGCUAUCUGCGUCUAGGCAGAAGUUCGCCAAACAAUUCGGAGCGGAUACGAUAUUGGACCCAAGGAAGGACGAUAUUGUACAGAAAGCGCAUGAUUUAACGAGGGGUCUGGGAGUCGACAUUGUGUUUGAUUGCGCAGGUGUGGCCGUGGGACUAGAAGCUGCUUGCAAAGCGAUCAAAGUCAAAGGCACUGUUGUGAAUGUUGCCAUCUGGGAGAAGGCCGUUCCGUUUCAACCUAAUGAUUUGGUCUUCAGGGAAGGAAAAUAUGUGGCUUGUCUGGGGUACGUAAAGCAAGAUUUCAGGGAUGUCAUCGAGGCUAUCGCUACUGGCAAAAUGACACCAGGUGAUAUGAUUACAAGCAAAGUCCCGUUAGAAAGGGUCGUCGAAGAUGGUAUUAAAGAGCUCAUCAAAAACAAGGAGAGGCAUGUCAAGGUUUUAGUCGAGAUAUGA